ACAAUGAAGAUCAUACACACAUCGACACAUGUCAUGUGGUUCUCGACAAUCUGAGCUGAGGCUUGUGCAUCGAUAUUUAAAACAGUUAAAUAAUGUUUUUGAUGUGAUUGAACUAAGAUAAUGACACUCAAAGGAUGGCGGUACAUUCUCAACAGGGCGUUAUUUAUUCCUCAGCGCUAUGUCUUGGGGGUUAUGGGUCUUUUUGCUUUAGCAAAUUCUUUCACAAUGCGUGUCUGUCUAAGUAUGACGAUCACUCAAAUGGUUGUUCACGUGGAGUCCUCGGAACACAUUGUCGGAGAAACCUGCCCAGAUCCCGAAUAUACGGCUAAUUCGAACGUUACUAAUGUAACUGCUGUUAUUAUAGACAAUCAUGACCGUUAUGACUGGAGUGAGUCCACUCAAGGGUUCUUAUUAAGUGCUUUCUACUACGGCUACAUUCUAACACAUCUACCAGGGGGUCUUCUUGCUGAAAAAUUUGGAGGGAAAUGGACUGUCGGUGUGGGUUUACUCGUUACUUCCCUGGCCACUAUAGUUUCUCCUUUGGCUGUGAAGUUUGGGGGCGCUACUGGACUGUUCUUCAUAAGAGCCCUUGAAGGCGCUGGAGAGGGUCCAGUGACACCGGCGUUUGUACUACUGUUAGCUCGAUGGAUACCUCCGAGCGAGAGAUCUAGACUGGGAGCUAUGAUAUUCGGUGGAGCCCAAAUAGGAAAUAUUUUGGGACCUUAUCUUUCGGGACUUCUGUUAGCUGAUGGCGGAAGCUGGCAUAAUGUCUUUUACGUUUUUGGGGGGUUAGGUCUAAUUUGGUUUAUAUUUUGGGCCAUGCUUUGCUACAAUACCCCGAAUUCGCAUCCGUUUAUUAGUGAUGAAGAAAAAGAAUAUCUAAAUAAAACCGUGAUUGCUUCUGGUCUCCACAAAAAAUUGGAUCCUGUGCCGUUCAAAGCCAUCUUACGGUCAGCUCCCCUUUGGGUGUUAGUAAUGGCAGCUAUAGGCCAUGACUGGGGUUACUUCACAAUGAUCACCGACCUUCCUAAGUACUUUUCUGACGUUCUCAAGUUCAAUAUCAAAGAGACUGGUCUGAUGUCCGCGCUACCAUACAUAGCAAUGUAUAUUUUCUCCUUCAUAUUUGCCAGUCUAUGUGAUUUGUGUGUGAAAAAGAAAUGGCAUUCCAUUGGCACUGGAAGAAAAAUUUAUACUACUGUUUCGUCUACUUUGCCGGCAGUUUUUAUUAUUCUGGCCUCGUAUUCAGGAUGCGACAAGAUGGUUGCCGUGGGGUUAUUCAUAGCCUCCAUGGCCUUUAUGGGAGGAUUCUACAGCAGUGUCAAGAUCAAUGCUUUGGACAUCGCGCCGAACUAUGCUGGCACCUGCUCUGCUUUGGUGAAUGGACUUGGUGCCAUCAGUGGCGUGAUCACGCCGUAUCUGAUUGGGUUGUUGACACCUGAUCAAACAAUAACGCAGUGGCGUAUGGCAUUUUGGACUGUAUUCGUAGUGUUAAUAGCGACUAAUUUGCUGUACGUCAUUUGGGGUUCAGGCGAUCCUCAAUGGUGGGAUGACGUGGACAAAUAUGGCUAUCCCUCGGACUGGAAGCACGGACCUUUAAGGAAAAACAAUGAUAUGGAGAAGAAAAUUGUGUACCCUAAGCAUGACCAUUCACCGAUUUCUGUAGACUAAAUAAAUGUAAUCGUUAUUAAAUAUAUUUUUAUAAGAGA